UCAACAACAUGGCGGAGCGAGGGCAGCUCACCCUCUUCGCCCUCGCGGCUGUUUUCGGGAUUCUGCUCAUCAGGGACUUCGUUCCUGUUGACGGAUCCUCCAAGGAUGUGAACAAGAUGAAGUUCAAUAACCUGAUGGGUCCUACGCUCAGGUUCCUGUACUGCUACUCGUGAGGGUACAGGAAGGUGUUUGAGCAGUACGCUAACAUCCUGCGCGAGAAGUAUCCUGACAUCUCUAUCCUCGGGGAUAACUAUCCCCCGCCAGAUUGGAGGGUCUGGCUUGCGCAGUUGUUGGGUGGUGCCAAACUGAUUGUGUUGGUGAUGAUCAUUGCCAACAUCAAUAUUUGGGAGUGGCUUGGGCAAGAAAUCCCCACCUGGUGGAACUGGUUCCUCAACAAUAAAAUCUAUGGCUGUAUGAUGGUGUUCUUCCUUUGCAAUGCUUUAGAAGGACAGCUCAUCUCCACAGGCGCUUUUGAAAUAUCCUUUAAUGAUGUUCCUGUUUGGUCCAAGUUAGAGACAGGCCGAAUACCUCAGCCUCCAGAACUCUUCCAAAUUAUUGAUAAUCAUGUGAGAUUUAACCAAAAUUCAAAUUCCUGGAGUGAUAACAUCUAACUCUAUGUUUCUAAGAAGUGGAGAGGGAUUUACACCAAAAGCCUUGGAUGUCUUAGUCUCAAUAUAUUAGUCAAGUUAUCAGUUAUACAAAAAGACUGUGUUGUAACAUGUCCCCCUUUUUUUUUUCUGUAUCCAAGGCUGGGGCUUUGGGCCACAGUGGUUGUAGCUUCCUGUCAAUACAUGUACCUUACGUGAUGAAGACAUUAUAAAGCUAUAGAAUGAAGGACAGCAGUGUCGCCUGUGCUGCCUGGACCUUCAUAUGCAAUUGCAUCCGAAUGGCCUGAAAAUCACCCAAGUCUUCCAUUACUGCUCGUCUCUCCUGAUAAUGAAGGUUCGAGUUGAAACCACACAUUGUGGGGACUCGAGCUGGAUGUCCUUUUUGCCUGCAGGAAAAACUAGUAGUAGGUUAGACUGUGCGGUGGUUUGGCGGCUGUUUGGGUCAUCCUCCUGAUGUGCCAUUUAGAGUGUUAUCUUUAGGAUUUUCUUUUAUUGAUUUAAUUUAAUGUUCUUAUUCUUAAAGGAAAAACUUGUGCAAUAGAAGUAGUGGAGAGAUCCUUGUGCAAUAAGGAUAAUAUUGAUUACAUUUUUUAAAGAAUCAAAAUUAAAAUACCAAAUUAGGAUAGAACAUAUCUAGGUGGCACAGUUUUAUACUCUUUGUGUGAGAAUAAGUGUUUUAAUGUCAUAUAAUGUACUAUAUAUAUGAGGAAUGAACAUAGAUAUUUUUAGGGGGGGGGUAGGGAAUGUAUUGUAAUGCAAAAGAAAAACCUCAGUAUGUGUAUGUGUGCAUUUGUGUAUGAUUGUAAUGAAUGUAGUUCUAUACUGUGACUUAAUUACACAAAUAUUAGGUGCAGAAACCAGUUCGUGUCAUCUAGUUCACCUGUAACUCGGAAAACAUUCCUGUGUGUUAAGUUUGUGGUCACAGAACAUUUGAUUUAAAAACAAACAAAUAUUGAAACCUUAAGAGAAAUUGGUGCAUUGAAUCGGGUUACUUGUGUCCUUGUAAACCUCGGAAUUCUUGCAUCAACGUGAAUAAAGAAGGAGUUAAUAAAAA